GAAGUCGGACGACUUGACCCUGGCCUUGGCGAAGAAGCAUCACUGCUCCUGCCUUGACUUGGACAAGGUGAAGCUGCAGUACGACAGCUAUGAUCUCGACAAGUCAGGUGUCAUCGAGUACGGAGAGUUUGAGCUUAUGAUGCUGAAGCUGCUCCAUGUCAACAACAAGUCCGACUUGCCGCAGAACCGCAUCCAGCGCUUCUGGCAGGAGUUGGACAAAGAUCG